AUCACUUAAUGAUAAUGUGAUUUUAUAUUGGUUAAUCUGGUUAACCAAUUAACCAAACCGAUUAAACUUUAGUUUGGUUAAUUUGGCUGUUGUAUUAGUUUGGACGGUUUGGUUAUGAUAUUGUAUUCCAUGGUUAAUGAAAUUUAACAUUAUUUGGUAUGUGGUUUCGUUGAUUUUGUUGGGAUCCAAUUAUCUUUUUGUGAAAAUAUAAACCAAACGGGCAUUAUUAUGUCCUGAUUUACUCAAGGUGUACAUUCUUCUCCUCUUAAAAGUGUAAAUCGUUCUUUGCAUUUGAUUGAUAGUCAGGAAGUAUUGUCAUCGAAUUUGCCCCUUCAACUUCAUUUUUUUAUGGCAAUGUUUGUAAACUUAAGCCACUAAAACAAUUUGAUUCAUAAUAUAUAUAUUUUUUUAAAUGUCAUUAAGCCAGCCCUAAAUAUUGCAAUUGACCAACAAUUUGAUUCAUAACACGCUAUGAACUUGACGCCGUCCACGCAGGAGAACCCAAAGCAAACGACAACACGAAAGCAAAAAACCCACUUGGAAAACACGAACAUUCAUUUCCCCCUUAUGUCCAUCGCUAAAACCACAAAUGCAAUCCUCUUUUUUCUUUUUUUUUUUGUAGUUUUCCUUGUAAUUGGAAGGAUAAAUUAAAAUUAAUCAUUAAUUUAACAUUUCCAAUUUAGUCACUAAUUUCCCUUAAACUCUAUUAAUUUCAUCAGUAAUUUGGUUAUGUGGCUGGCAGAAAGCAGAUUAGGCAUAGAGAAAAUGAAAACAUAGAAAAAUAAAGGAAAGGAGGAUUUAUUCGGCGGCCACUUUUGGCUUUGGGUGAAUAUUUGACGUUAAGGCUGGCUAUUUGGUCCUGGACUGUUUGGUUUUACUCGAAACCGGUUCUUAUAACUCGGAUCGGGACCGGACUGGGACCGGAUAGCAAACAAUGCAAUCUCAUAUUUGGGCUUAGAUUUGAGGUAAAAAAACUGGAUAAGAGACCCCCAACACCUAAAAUAAAGAUAAAAUUGGGACCGGACCGAAUCAAGACCAGACUGUAUCCAAUCCAAUCUUUGGUCCUUAUAUUCCGGAAAAGACCGGACUGGGACCUGAUCAAUUUGGUCCAAUUUAACCGGACCGGACCGUAUAGCAACCCUAUUUGACGUAGAGAAAACGCUUAGAUUGGGUCCCACCACACCAAGAAUAACCCAAUCAGAAGGUUCUGGAGAUUCUGGAGUGGACGGCCUUCCUAAGCUCGCCUGCCAUUUCCAAGCCAAUUCACAAUUUUUCUCCCACCAUUUUUAUUUAUCCAUCUUUUUAAAAAAAAAUAUUAUUAAUUUAAUAAAAAGCCAUUAGCUUACCGGAUUCCCAAAUACCUCCUUCAACUUUCCCCUUCUUCUUCUUCUUCUUCUUCUUCAUCAUUCAAUCCCUCGCUCCAAUCUCCUUCGAACGCCGCCUGGUUUUCUUCCUUUUCAUCCAGAAGGAGGAUCUGAUCUCGAAGUUCGUUCGCUCUCUGGUAUGAAUUUCCUCUUUCCCGAUCGCCGGUGUCGAUUGUGGUUUUGUCUUCGUUAGAUCUGAUCGAUUCUGUUGCGUUUUCUUUUGGGAAUCUUAAGGUUUUCGGCGAUGGCGUCGAAGCGUAUCUUGAAGGAACUCAAGGAUCUGCAGAAGGAUCCUCCUACCUCAUGCAGCGCUGGCCCUGUUGCUGAGGACAUGUUUCAUUGGCAAGCAACAAUUAUGGGUCCUCCAGACAGCCCUUAUUCCGGCGGAGUUUUCCUGGUCACUAUCCAUUUCCCACCAGAUUAUCCAUUUAAGCCUCCCAAGGUGGCAUUCAGAACAAAGGUGUUCCAUCCUAAUAUUAAUAGCAACGGGAGCAUCUGUCUCGAUAUCUUGAAAGAACAGUGGAGCCCUGCUCUAACCAUAUCCAAGGUAUUGCUUUCCAUCUGUUCCUUGUUGACGGACCCCAACCCCGACGAUCCCUUGGUGCCCGAGAUCGCUCACAUGUACAAAACGGACAAGAACAAGUACGAGACGACUGCUAGAAGCUGGACCCAGAAGUAUGCCAUGGGCUAAAACCAGGGAAGGAAGAAAGAAAGGAAGGAAGAGGGGUGUGUGAUCAGGGGAAAAGGUUUUGGCUUUGCGAGGGAGGGGUGAUUUUCUUUCUCAGUUGGCUGUUUGCCUUUUGUCCCUCUCUCACCCGCCUCUCUCAGUUGCUAUGUAUUAAAAGUCCAGUCGUGAAUGGUGAUGCUCUUGAAACUAAAAUGGGCUAAAGUAGGCCCAAUAACAAUUUCCCUAGUCCCCAAAAAGCCUAACAAAAAGAACAAGAGCCAGGAAGCUAUGUCGUUUAUUUUCCUUUAUUUUUUUCCUAAUGUAUGGAUAAUUUGAUGUUGGAACAUUCCAAAACUGUGUCCCAACUGUCUUGUUUACGGUUUCGCUUGUUCAGGGAACUGCCCGUUUCCUUGUUAUCUAAACUCUAAAGUGCUCUGUUCUUAAGGUUAAGGGAGCCUGCAUAGGUAAUGAUGAUGUUUAUUUGAUGUAUCUGAUGUUCAACUAGGGGUGUCAAUUCGGGUUCGGUUUUUCGGGUUUACCCGAAACCAACCCGAUUAUAUGCAUUUUCGGUUUUUUGGGUUUGGUUUGGGUUUCGGGUUUUUUCGUUUUGGGUUCGGUUUUGCUUAUCGGUUUUUUGGGUUCCGGCUAAAAACCUCCAAUGAAUAGAACUCAACCUGUAUUUUUAGGUGUUCGGGUUUUUGGGUUUUGGUUUUGCUUUAACCGAACCCGAACCCGAUAAGAAAUUUUCGGGUUUCGAGUAACUGGAACCCGCAAGUCCUUAUCAGAUUCAGGUUCGGUUUUAGUGAUUUUCGGUUUCGGGUUUUCGGGUUUUUUUCGGUUUUGGUUUUGGCAACCGAACCCGACCCGAACCGACAACCCUAUGUUCAACACAAUCACCAUUAUUUUUGGUCUUAUGACAAUGUGUAUCCAAGGCUGAAACCAUCUCCUGAUUGAAGUGGCAGGAAUAGAACCCCCGUGACUUUACUGAAUGAGCCAACUAUAGGGAAUUAGGGAUUUACAUUGAUUUUAGGGUUAAAAGAAUGUGGCAGUCCGAAACCACGCCGCACUCUCUCAUGCCAUUGAGCAAUUUGAGCUACCACGAACGAUACGAAGAGUUUAUACGUUCUACUUGUGCUAAGAUUUUGUAUCGAUAUAGUUGGCACUUCUGAAGCAUUCUCUACCAGGGGUGUUCAAAUCAGUUUGGUUAAAUUUUUUAGCUUGUGUUGGAUUAGUUUGGUUUGGUUAACCAAUUGGCCAUAUAUCUCAUAUAUUUUAUAUUCAUAUUUUGCAUAACCACUCAAGCAUCGAGUAUUAUCUCUCUUUUAGUCAAAUCUCUAAUAUAUUAUAUACACUUACUAUCAGUGGCGGACCUAGGAUUGUUGGAGAGGUGUGUCGCCGCUAACAUAGAAUAAUAAUAGAAUAAAAAAUUAAGUAGAAAUUAAAAGAAAUUAAUUUAUGAAGUUCACAAUGUCAUUUUACAACGAAUCACGACGACUUUUCAUCUGCUGAAAUGUCUCUAAAAUACAUUCAUCACUUAUGCUGCAAAGCAAAUGUUUUUCAGUAUACACAACUUAACAAUCAUUUAUAAACAAUGAUAUUAUACUCUAACCCCCAAUGUGUGAACCGCAAUCCCCAAUUCACUAACCUAACAUAAGAUUCAUUUGAUCUUGAAAAAUGAAAAUCAAUGAUUCUGAUUUGUCGAAAUUAUUGUUGAGUUUCAUUUUAAGAUUGACCAAAUUUUGCCGUUUGGGUUAGAAAAUUAGGGAUUGGGGUUCACCCAUUAGAGGUUAGGAUAUAGGAUCAUGCCCCAAAGUCCGGUUAAUUAUUUAUCUAAAUAGCAAAACCCAAUUGCCAUACGGUGGUCGGACGUACGCUAGCCUGAACUUAUAUUUAUAUAUUUUGAUAACUUAUGACAAUAAAUUUCCAUAAACACAAUGGAGUUGUGUCGGAUACAAUGAUCAGAGGUGUGUCGAAAAUCCCGAGAUCGAAAUUUUAGUACCGACGAAUUAGGGGUCUUUCACAAAAUUUUCGGGCGGAGGUGUGUCAGAUGACACACCUCCCUUGUGCCUAGGUCCGCCCCUGCUUACUAUGAUAACAAUUUGUACACCCCUAUAUCUACGACGAAAUUAACCCUACCGAUUUUACGAAGGAGUGAAGGUACUCCAAGUUUGAUUGGUGGGCUGGAUGAUGGGUGCCAUGGGCUGGACGGAGAUGGGUAUGACUCCUGGGCUAGGUUUCGCGGCCCGUUAUGAGAUGGCUUGCACUUGUUGUCCAUUUUAUAUUGGGCCGGGUUCAUGCAAUUCAUUAGUUAAGCUACUCCAUCUCUUUAACACUCGGUUUAUGUGUGAGAGAAAUUUAGGAAGGAGAAAGAAAAUUUAGAGAAGUGAAAUUUGAAGAUAGUAAAAUAAUAAGAAGAAAAUGAUGUUCAUAUCUAAACGGAAAAAAUAUACCAUAAGUGUAAGGAUAGUUUUCACUUAAAAUUGGGGAGAUAUUGACACUAUAGUAGCUUUUUUUUUCCUCCAAUAAUCACCCCUUGUACUAUAGCAAACCUUAUGAUAGGAGAAAGGUUCAUGAUUACUACAAUUUUCUCCAAUUUUUUCUCCUCCCUCUCUUUUUCUUCUUUCGUGAACAUAGAAUAAGGAAAAUAUACUCCAUCAUAAUUCUUGCUAUAAGCAUGUAAUGCUUAUUUACAAUCAAUUGUACAAAUGAGUUCGUAGGGGAUUAACCUACGAAAGAGCUAGUCUUUACGAAAGAAGCUAUUAACUUAAACGGAUCUUUAUGAUAAUCCGUUGAACGCGGUUUGUUAUCUUUGUAAGUGACACCAACACCUAAUUCAUGCAGUCUAGUGUUUAUUCACGUAAUAUUGAUGUUUAUUCAUGAAAACACCAAUGGUUAUUCUCGCAAGAGUGGUGUGUUACUUACACAAGUUGUUAUUUAUACACACAUUGUAGCAUUUCAAAUAACAUCAAAUUUUAUUUUUCAAGAAUAUCAAAAUGCUUGUAACUAUGUAAAUCACGAUCAAUACAACUUUUUGUAUAAAAUAUAAUAAUAAAAAAUUAUUCGGUAAGUUAUGGUCGAUACAAAUUAUUAAGGGAUGGAAAAAUAAGAAAAUUUCUCUAUCCAUGAUAAAAAUAUUAUUAAAUCAUAAGGUGUUUGAAAAUACGAGAAUUUUUUCUAAUCCUUUACAUAUUUACGGGGUGCCUACAUAUUUCUAGUUUUCGAACAAGAUACUGUUUUAUCCAGUAACACCAUCAAAUUAUUAUUCUUAUUUGAUUCUCGAUUUCUAAAAAAGCGUUAUAGUUACGGAUUUGAAAUGGAGUAGAAUGUAGAUAGACCGAUACUUUGGAGAUACAACUAUAUAUAUACAUAAUCUUGAGAAAACUUUACUACUCUAAAACUCAUCUUCCUCUUUUGAAUAACAAUUGUGUAUGUACAUUGACCUCUUUAAAAGAACACAACUAAUAUGUAGUGGGUAGAUCAAAACCAUUAAUUCCCCAAAUAUAUGCCCAAAGACCGGUCCAACCCAAUAUUGAAAGCUAACAUGAAGUUUCGAAGACACUGACACUUCAAAAUCCUUUUUAAUCUAAAUUAUUCAGAAAUGAAAAGUUUGAUGAAUUAUAUAUAAUAUGGUCGUCUCCAUGCUUGAAAAUUAAUGGAGACAUUGAAGUGAAGAACAUCUAUGGAGAUAAUAUAAACUACUCAGAGGCAAAAACAGCCCACUAAAGCAAAGUGCUGCUUCUUCAGACAGUUCACAUUUACCUUUCUAGCCCCCCAUCAACAAUGUCCGCUGCAAAAUUAAUUAGCUUCAAAAGAUCCACCAAAUACAACCAUUUGCCAUUAUGGUGUUAAUUAAGUACACCUACAGCUUAAUUACUCUGUAAGAACAGAUUAUAUUCAUUGAUACAAUGAAAUAGUCUUGAAUCUUGAUCAAGUCCGCAAAGGAGAUAUCACUUUACAAAUGUCAUUGAAAUUUGAUUCCUACCACUGAAAAUGUCUUAUUGAUUGAUAUCUAUAGAUCCAAUUUUUCUACCAUAAGUUCAUGUAAAUUGUAAAAAAAUCCGCUACAUCCAAGUGAACGCUUUACAUACACUCUUCAUCGCUUGGCCAAGGUCGAACACUAUUCAUAUAAAAAUAACUGUUCUUCCUCCAAAAAUAAAAACCAAUGGUAGACCCUUCUACAUUGCAUUAGUCUCUUUGAAUGAGCAAAAAAAUUCAAGAUGUAUCGACUUCAGUAUCAUAACGUGCCUAUAUUUAAAAAAAAACAUCAUCGGGUCUCUUUUGAUGUAACGAUGUUAUUGAACCAGAUGCAAUGAAUGCAUAAAAAUCAAAUCAUCCAUGAAUCUUCACAUCAAUCCAUCAUCAGAUCUCCCUUGACAAUGCACAUACUAUUAAAAUUCACUCUCUGAACCUACACAGAGUCGCCUAAUAAUAAUACGGGAUGAGAACAUCCACCGCUUUCUAAAUUUGAAUCUUAAUUACUCACCAACGAAAAAGUUCAUUUUUAAACAUUUGGAGGUGAGAGCUAGCUAGUAGUCAUGGUGUCCAUAACCCAAAAAACUAAUUACUCAAUCAAUUCAUUAAGUACACUUACAUAACAUAUGAAAUGUUGACGACCCAUGUCGAUCUUUUCUUUUCCUCUCCUCAUGUUCAUAUUCGUACCUUCAAAUUAGCAGUGUCCAUUAAACCGUACCGUGCCGGCGGUUCAACCACGAAAUACCAGUAUCGGAGGCUAAACCGAUAUGCGGCAUUUACCGGUAUAACGGUUGAACUACAGUUAAACCACGAUUUUACCAUAAAAUACCCAACCGCUGACUUUCCCGAUAUGGUCUCCGGUACGGUUUCAUGGACCAUGCAAAUUAGAAACAACUAUAUAUUAAUUUCAAUCCUCUCUUUUUUUCUGCUUUUUUCCCUACGAAAGGCCAAAAAGGGCCAAAAUAAAAUACCUUUAAUUUUUUCUUUUGCAGGUCGGGCGGGUCGUGCCCACGAGUGGAAGAGACAAAGCAUGGUCCCUGAAAAUCUGCAGGAGAGGGUUAGGUUCCAUUAAUAAGCCCUCCCAACAAAAAUCUUUUUUCUCUACUUGACUUAAUCCCACUUUAAUAAGUUUUAAUCUGAGAUUAAAUAUACGCAUUAAUUAUCAAGGGACAAGGUAAACCCUACAAACAGCAGAACACAUUAAAGAAAGAAAAAAACCAGACACCAUCUCAGUUCAUGUACUUACUCCAUGUUUGUUUAAUGAAGAGCUUGAGAUUCUCAUCCUGUGUGAUUAGCAUUCGCUAUGCAAUUCCACGUACUCCACCAUAUUUGAUUAGUGAGAUCGAUAUUGGGUUGGUACGUACGGAAUUUGCUUAUUAUUACAUUUGAUGAUUAAUGAUAAACAAUCUUUGUUAUGUAAUCUCCUCAUCUGGAUGGGUUGUAAUCAAGUCACUAAUUAUUGUCUAAUUAAUGGGCUUCAAAUGUCCAGGGAACACGGGCCCCCAUGUUCUUUGCAAACUCAUAUUCUGGAGGACCUAAAAAUUGGAAAAAGGAAAAUACAACGGGAGAAAGAAUUGCAGACAAAAUACCACAUGCCAAGCAGUAAGCAACUUUCAAUUAGUCAGAGGAAGAAGAAAAGGGAGGAAAAAGGGAGAAUAAAAUUGUCUUUAUAGCAGAAAAAAAGAUGUAUUUGUAAGUAUAGUGGAACUCAGCUUGGUCGAAUAACAAAUUAAUAAUUCAAAGUUAAAUUAUUUUCCCCAAUUUUAAGGGUUCUUUUGGAUUUGCUAAAACCCAUCAUUAAUAGACAACAACAAAAAAAAACGCUUAAUUAUAUGGACAAUAUCUCAGUCUGAGUGAGUUCAUGAAACAUAGAGCACCAACUCCCUAAAAAUUGUCUCUCAUAAAUAAAUAAAGUAUUCUUUUGUGUCACAUUCUCUAUUAUUGGUAGGUACUAAAUUAAUUGGGAGAUAAAAAGUAUAUAAUUAGGACCAUAACCAAACCUUUGGUUGUAUUUAUUAGCAGGAUUGCAAUUUUUGGUCUUCUCAUUACAGCCCAUAACAGCUUUAAACAAACAACUUCCAAGAAAAGUAGAUAUAUAUAAUAUAUUAAUAUGCAUUCAUCAUCAAAAUAUCCCCACCCAUUAACAUAGUGAUCCAAAUAGAGUUACAUGUAAUUUAGCUUGGGUUGUAGGCUUGUAGCUGCUCUUUAUAUUUGAACUUAUAUUGUUUCUACUUGGAGUUCAUGUUGAAACAAAUAUUAAAAUAUUUCACGAUAAAACGUUCUCAACGCUUUUUUUAUAACAUAUUAGUCCAAUAUCGAGAGAUUACAUAAUUUUUUAUUCUAUCAUUUUUUUCACUCUAUAUCGUAGUAUCGCCUACACAAGGAAACAUUUAGAGUAAGUUUUGGGACCAGACAAACAGGAACCACAUGAAUUAUGAAUUAGUUAUGGUAUGAUUUUUUGGACUAAUCCCACUUAAUAACCAGUGUUUACAAGAAGCCAAGAUGUCACAUUUUCGUAAAAUAAUCCCACAUCAUCGUCACAUGGAGUUGAUUAGACACGUGACUGGCUUUGGUCGCCGAGAAAGGCGCAAUCGGCGCCGGUCACCGUUUUUUUUCAGACGUCUCAGUAAUGUCGGGGGGGCGGCGGCGUCGACUGGGUCCCACCGCUAAUUAGCUAUAUCACCGCUCGCAGGCCACCGUCGCGUCGCGGUGGCGAUUGCAUGGAGGAGCAUGCGGCUACGUACGCCCGCUCUCCACCUACUGCUUAAUUAUUCCCAUUUCAAUUAGCGUAUAUAUUCUAAACAAGAUUGAAGCAAUAAAAAAAUGAUUAGCUUAUGCAAUUAAUAUGCAUAUAUAUAUGCUUUUUGGUUCAAGUUGAUAUUAAUGGUUGUUUACGAUACUAUAUAUUAUCUUGCAAAACUGAUUCACCCAUCGCCAUCCAGCUCAAUGAAGAGGCUCAAGAAACCCACACUUUAAUUUGCUGUAAUUGUUGAGAUUAUAGAACCAUUAUCAUUUUUGCUUGGUUUGGUUGAUAAGUUGGUUAAGUAUUAUAUAUGGAUCUCUCACAACAACUCAAGUUAUUGAGAACAAUCGGUGUGUUCUUAAAGUUAUGUGUUCAAAUUUUCACGACCCGUAAUAUUAAUCGUUGUCUUUCUCAUGUGUAUCGUCGUGGAGUUAACUUGGUUGCGAAUUUUUUAAGCUUCUUUUUGGGCACUCAUUUGCAUCUCAAUCCAAACUUCUUACUUAUCUUGGUAUGUAGCUCGUUACUGUACUGGUUGUAUUUCGAUCGAAUUAGGGUACCAUGGCACUUUGAUUUAUUUGAUGCAUCAGGUAAGAUCACGCUUUUUUUAGCCUCCCGUUUUCUACAAGGAGAAAAAAAUUAUGAAUGACAUGUUAGCCAGACUGUGUUAAUAUGAAUUCAAAACGAGAACAAAACGGAUAUGAAGAGAUGGAAGAAAGCUCUAUAAUCAUAAUUCAAUAUUUUAUCAAACUGUUUAAGGGAUACUCGUUUGAAAUAGAUCGAAACCAAUAAUAAAUCAAGCGUGUGUAGAUCGUCCUGAAAAGUUAACAUAAGAAAAAGGGUAAAACAAACUGAAGUAUUGGAGAGAUUUUUAAUUAAUUAGUGUGGUGGCUUCACUGAAAUCUGUAAAAGUUCCAUGAAUGAACACACUUUUAGAAAAAAUUGAAUAUAAAUUUUCGUUCCUUUUUUAUUAAUUAUUUACAGAAAGCUAGCUAUAGCUCUAUCGCUCGUCGAAAGAUCUUUUGAUCAUUUGUAUUUGACCAUAUAUAUACAUAUAUUAGUAAACCAUGUUCGUAGUAUAUAAGGCAUGGCUCUCAAUAUAGUAUAAUACAGACAAUGUUUGGAGUUCUUGGAUUGUUUACUUUCUAGUGUAUUUUUCUCGUUUUAGUUUAUUCAUCAGUUCUUCACUUAGGUUAUUUAAUAAAACGAAGAGCAUAGAAAAGAGCAGCAGCAGCAGCACGUGAUCUCACUGAAAAUUUGAGUGUUAUGUGUAACAUAGAUAUGUACAUUUCCUCAGUUCUCAACUUGGCUUGCUGGCCAUGAAUCAUGCAUCAUAAAAAAAAUAAUUGUGAACAAUUGGCAAAACCAUUUAGACACCACGAUGGAGCGGCGUAGUUUAAGAGUGUUUAUAAUCACGAAAUUUAAUCUAAAAUUACAAUGUAUGUAUUCAUAUUUCGAGAAAAUAUUAGAAAAUUAUAUUGAUUUAUUAGGUUAUUAGUCAUUCUCAUUCAAAAUCGAAAUUCAAUCGGGAGAAAUCAUUACAGGUUCUUAUUCAGUUUGCCAAUGUGUAUUAACUGUGUUUUUACUUUGUUACCAAGCCAAAGGGAAACAUUAUUACAUCAUAACCAUGUCGUAGUUAAAUUUAUGCAUAAAGAGAUACCUACUAUAGAUAUGGUGUUUAGCUCCUAGCUAGGUUGGUCAUCAAUCAUCCAGAAUAUAGUUAAUAUACAUGUGAAAAAGGGUAUCGUAUACCCGGAGUAUGCACUACUGUUGGUGAUCGAUCUUGUCGUUGGAUGUACUUUAUUUUACUUCGACGAAUAAUAACCAUUGGUUAUUGUUUUUUUUAUUUAUUAAAUUGAUCUUAGUAGGGGCUGGACAUAGAAAGUUAUAUUAUGGUGUUCCCUCAUUUAGGAUGGCAAUUUUGACCUGACCCGUUUUACCUGACAUGUUUGACCUGUUUUGGGGCAGGGCGGGCCUGGGUACUCUCAUCGACCCGACCUGCCCUGACCCGCCCCAUUCUCGACCCGUUCUUGCCUAAAUUACAUGCAAUCUUAGUUAAAUUACUUAGAAUUUUUCAUUUAUUACAUGAUAAUUUAGAUAUAAUAAAGUUGUAAAUCAGUGAAAAUGUCAAUUUCUCUAAUAAUUUAACUACAUUUAUCAUAAUAUUGUUUGUUUUCUUGGUCUUAUAAUAAAAAUAACGAAUAUUUCUAAUGUUUUUCAUAUUAAUUGCAUACCCAUUGGGUCGACCUGCCCCGACCUGCCACGGGGCGGGUCUGGGUACCAAGAAACCCGCCCCGGACCUGCCCCAUUGCUAUUCCUACGGGCUCAUUAGAGAUUAGAAUAUCGUAUCAUAUCAAACUAAGUUCUUUAUGGUAUAAAUCCCGUGUCACCUCAUUACGAGUAUCAUGGCUGUAUGCUAGCCUUUACCAGGGUGAUCAAAUAUUUAGAGGUUUGAAUCUUUCUUCACACGGGUUUGAAGCUUGCACUUUUCACAAACUCUUCAUAUACAUUGAAUUUCAAUGAUGUAUCACAUAUGUCUAAUCGCAGGCCGGGUCCUCUCAAAAUAACAAAGACCGUGAUGAUACCGUGUCGUACAAUCAAUCUGUCUCGAUAACUUGUUUGAGUUCUAGCAUAGUUUUUCUUCUUCUUUUUUUUGGUAAGAUGGGUCUAAUACUACUAUUGGUGCAACAAUCAUGGCUUGCCUAGACUAUGUUGUUAACUUGUGAUGCAAGACUAGCUAGAUAGCUAACCAUAUAUGUUGGCAAAUUAUGUUGUCUAAGAAAAUGCGAACCAUGAAUUUAAUUUGUUUGCCGUUUGUUUGUUAUAUCGAUUUCCCUGACCCUUGGGGCUUCUCUCUUUUUGGUGGCGAUCGAUGUUUCCCGAUGAAAACUAAACUAUCAUGUGGGAGCUAAUCAAUUGUUUGGAGCAAAAACUUUGACUCACUUGCCACAUCAUUAUCGUCCAUUGAAUUCCAGGCCAAAUCUAAAGAAGAGAAGUGAAGAAGGGAAAGCUAAGCCAUGCGCACGUGGUUGUGGCAGUGCUUCUAUUUAUUGCCACUUGCAAAUAUCUACCUGCUUUUUUCCAUUGAAUAAUAAUGAAGAGGUUGUGUACGUGCUUGCGAACAAUAUGAGGUGGUUUGAAUGGAUCAAUUUAGAAAUGAGUCAAUUGUUCUCGUUUUUAUAAAGGAGGUAAUUAAAACGAGUCAAUUCGAAUUAUCUGCCCUUCUCAUGUAAUUGAAAUUGACUCAAAACGAAUCAAUUCAAAAUACCUCAGGUAGAUUGAUCUAUCCAAAUUUUUUGCUAGCAAACGAGGCAAUUUGGUACAAUUGUCUCAAAACGAGACAAUUGUGUCAAAUUAAUCCAUUACAAUUCCUCCUCUAAACGAGCCUAUAGUUGCAUAUAGACCAAUAAUUAUUAUCACACACUGGAUGAGACGCGGAACCCAGCCAGUAGUAAAAAUGCUCUGGUCGAUGAUGAAAAAAGUGAAUGAUGAAAAGCUACCAAUAAUUAUUAUCACAUUUGGGCCGCAGCUGGCUUUGCUUGCACCAAAAUCGUUGAUUAAUGAAAUGCACUGGUUUGUCAAAACAACAAAAUUAUCGCGCGACAACUUAACUUUUUUAUCAUGCGUUUGGAAUUCAUGUGAUUAUUUGUAGUAGUAAGUGAUUAAUUGAAAAUUAUUGUCGAUCGGCUCUGAUAAUACACCGAUAUGAUGUGAUUUGAAGUGAAGUGAAUAAUAUUUUUGUUUUAAUUAGGGGAAGGUAAAUAGGUAAUACCUAUUAUAUGAAAACCCUUAGAGCCAUAUGAUUCUUUCGUUUGUGUUGAAACUUGAAAGAUGAAAACACAAAAGGUGGCCUUUCAAAAAGAAGGAAAAUGAUACCUCCGUAAAAAAACCAAAAGUGGAAAAGAGAACAAUGUAAUAUUUUUGUCAAGGUCAUGGGAAAAGUUCACAUCAUUUUAGUUCAGUUCAAUCAUACAUACUUGAGAAAUUACAUGGAAGAAAAUGAACCCACACUUCAGUCAACAAAAUGCUCAAUAUGACCAUGUACGUGUUGAACAAUCAAUUGAACUCGAUAAUUUAAAGCAAUAAAAGAAGUUUAUAGAAUUUAUCAGGUCGUUUGGAUGCAUCAUUUUGGUUCUGUGGUAUUUCGAAUCCAAAUGAUGCAUUAUUUUGCUAUGUGGCAUUUCAUGUGGUAUUUCAUUUUGAAAUGUGGUAAUUGGUAUAAUUGCCUUGUUUGGAUAAAACGUUCAAAUAUUGUGGUAUUUCACCACUUAAAGAAGGGAUGAAGUGGAAAAAAAGAAGUUGGGAGAUGAGGUAUUUGAAAUAACUAGGGGGUGGGUAGGUAUUUCAAAUAACUCACAAUGAGUUAUUUCAAUUGACUCAUGGACAAAAUACCACAUUCUACUUUAUUUUUGCCAAACGAGUUAUUUUGAUUGAAAUACCUCAUUCUGAGUUAUUUCGACCAAAUUACCUCAUCAAAAUACUGCAUCCAAACGACUCGUAUAUCCAUUCUCUUAUACAAUCGUCUCAGACUUUAAAGUCAACCGCGUGUGCUUCAAAAUUUGUACAAACCCACACCAUACAUUGUGGCUCAAUCAACUGUUAAUAUUGGUUUCACGGAGAAUAGAAUCGCAAAAACUUCUCAAUCAAAGAUUAUAAUUUCGUUGUCGAAGAAUCCGUUCAACGUCAAACACCUUGAACGGUUGCAAAAGAUUGAAGUAUUGAUCUUAUUACCCAUUUCCAGCCUCUACGUGUAAGUUCACAUUUUGGAAUUGUAGGGGGGGAAAUGAAGUAAUUAACGCUGAAGUUUGAUGAUUCGUUCACGCUUUAAUUUUGUUGCCCCAAUGGUAUUUAUGAGAGAAAAGGCUGCAGGUUAUUAAAAAGGCAAAGGGGAAGAAAGAAUAGCAAAAAAGCUGGCCGUGGCAAAGACGCCGGCCGGCCGGCCGGCCAACAUCUCUUGCUUCACCCACAAGCCUGCUCUCUCUCUCUCUCUCUCUCUCUAGAUCACUUCUUCUACAAGAUACAAACAAGCAUGUUAAGAUCGAUGUUGGGUUGUGGGUUUAUAUAAUUAAAUGUGUCUUCGUAACUUGGUCUUUGUACCGUUAUACAUGUUGGUUCUUCUUCUUCUUCAACUUUGUAAUUUAACAAACAUUAUAGUGUCCUGAAAUUCCGAGCUUAAUUAUGUCUAUAGGUUUAAUUAAUUAAUGUGAUGUGAUGAUAAUAUGAUAUUAUAGUUAAAUAUGAUGCUUACGUACUAAUUGUGCACAGAUAUUGAAGCCCGACAUUAUUAGUAAUAAAGCUUCAGCAUUGGC